AUGUGUGAAACAAUGAUUUCGGACUUAGAAAAUAAACAAAUUUCAAAGAAAAUUGGACCGGAAAGAUCAGAGGAGAUCGAAAAUCAGGCUGAAACUUUGAAUUCCAUUAAAGAAAAUGUUAAUGAGCUAGAACAAUUCACAAUUUAUCAGAAGGCUACAACCAGGUGCGGUACGUUUGUACAACAACUUAAAAGUUGUAGCAAAAGAACAGAUUUGAACAACGUAAUAAACAAAGCUAGAAGUAAACUAGCUGUGGAUAAUCGCAAUAAAUGUGAAUCUAACAGUGUAAAAACUAAGUUAAAUAAAUGUGAACCUAAUAAAAUAAUUGAUGUCGAUGAUAUUACUAUGGUUUCACGUAAAAAAAAGAUCUACACCGUUGCCAAAUUAUAUAUUGGGUUUUCUGAAACCCAAGGGCUUGAAAAUUUUGAUUCGGAAAAAAUUUUUUCAAAGCAAGCAGGGAAGCAUUUGAAAGAAAGACAGGCACCAAUGACCAUCCGGCCUCGACCUUACAAUGACCAAGUGAAAAAUUAUUUAUACGCUGAGCUAGUUUUAACAACUAAAUACAUUUUUUACGUUGGGAAAGCAUUUAACAUUGAUCACAGAAUCACGCUUUGUGAAUUUUGUGUAGACAACAGAAACAUAGGCAACUGCAACAUAGACAGCUGCAACAUAGACCACUACAACAUAAACAACUGCAAGAUAGACAGCUGCAACAUAGACAGCUGCAAAAUAGACAACAACAACCGCUACAACAACGUCAACUAUUACUAUGACUUCUGCAACUACUACAACCACACGAAAGCUCAGACACACAAGCUUAUAGGUCAGCAUAAAUUUAUACAGAAGUCAUGUCGGAGUUUUGAGGUUGUGGUAACCAUGCAUCUACAAGAUGAUAUCCUAAAUGAUCACACAGUUCUACAUAAGAAACAUUCCCAUCGAAGACAAUCGGCUCGGUUGCUAGAUAAUGGAUCGUACGACAACGCUGAACAGAGGCUAGCAAAAAUACUAGAUAUUUUGCAUUAUUGGACAAUAUCAGGACAAAUAAACAUCAAGCCAAUUCAAAAACAUAAGAACAUAACGUUGGAGGAUAUCUCAAUGUUGGAUGAUACUACAAUGCUGGAUGAUGCUACAAUUUCGGAUGAUACCAUAAUGUUGGAUGAUACUACAAUUUUGGAUGAUACUACAAUGUUUGAUGAUACUACAAUGUUGGAUAACACCUUAAUGUUGAAUGAUAUCAUGUUGGAUAUUACAAAAUUGGGUACCGAUUCAUUGGACGUUUCAAAAAUGUUGUAUGACACCAUAAUGUUGCGAGAUGUCAUGGAGUUGGAUGGCUACAUAGACUCGGAUGAUAUUAUAAAACUAAAAACACACGUGCAAACACAUGCGCAGACAGCACAGCACACGGACAGACGAAAGUGUAGAUGUGGGCAUAAACAUGGAACAUGUGUGCGGGGCAUUUAA